AACACAGCAAAUAGUCAGCUGAUCAAUUUUAGUAGGCAUGUAAACAAUUUACAAAUCUUUCACGGAAAUCGUUUUAUACUAAUUUUAAGAAAACAUGCCAAUCACUGAUCGUGAGAAACUUGGUAUUGUUGAUUUUUUGGUAAAGGAAGAGCAAAAUGUACCGGUAUUAUUACAAGUGGCCAGAAGUGUGACAAAGAACAUUUGCGAUGUGGCGACAACGCAUGAAGCACUGGACUACGUGUAUGUACAGGUUGGCGAUACACUUACUUUGUUAAAUAAGCGGCUUAUAACUCGGGAAAUGAUAUUUAAAUACUUACAUCAGCGGAAAAUUCAAGUGAAUGCAGAUUUUACCAAGGGCGCUUUAAUUAGCAAAAUUUUAGAAUAUUGGAAUUCCAAAUCCGAGUCUAACAAUGAUUUCGCAUUACUUAAUGACAGUAAUACCACCACUAGCAAACAAUUUUUACAUAAAGUAAAUGAAAAUACGUUCAACACAGCCAUCAGCGAUAGUAUAUCUGGCUCAAACGAAGCGAACGACAAUGAACCUCGGUAUCCCAUCCAUUUAUUGGCACGAAAAUUUACUGAAUGGUUUUUCAACAAUCUUAAUAAAGAAGGCUUAAAAGUUGAGGAUUUUUGGUCAGAUUCUCAACUGCAAUUGAGAAUCGCUGCCACAGAUCAAAUCAACGAUUAUGAGUGUGCCGGUGCAAAUGAAGUGAUAGUGAAUAUUUUACGAUCGAAAGAGCAAUUUGGCUUCUAUUUCAAUCCGAACCUCACUCAUGCUGGCGUUCAAGGACGAAUGAAUGUGCACGGGCUAGUGUUGGUAUUGGCAUGUGGUACCCUUCAUACGGAGCAGAAUUGCGUUGGCGUAUUUGAGUGUACAUUUGGCCUCCUACGAGACCCAUUUUCCGAAAACAACUGGAAGGUGAAAACAAUGCAGUGUGUAUUACGUAGUCAGGCAGCAGCAAUGAUGCCCAGUUUGUGUGACAGUGAAACUCUUGUAGAAUCACUUGGCUUACCGAUACCGGAAGGAGAAAUUACGUAGCCGUAGUAGAUAUACCAAAUGUCCAUGCUGAGUAAUAUGGGCAUUAUUUUAUUUGUUCUUAGUACCAUAUGUAAUAAAUUAUUAUUAUUUCUUCUUCAA